GAAAUGUUUUACCUGCAUGCGGUGACGUCACGACACCUUCAAGAAAAAGAAACGGAGGAGUCCAUGAUCACCUCAGGCUGAUGAAAAGCUCUAGUACGGAUGGCGAAUUGAAAUUCAAAGCAGUGAAAUACUCGAUUUGAACUUUAGUCUAAGUUUGUGUGCUUUGUAGAGUCGCGUGUUGUUCUCCUGUGGGUACAAACACCAUGUCUUCCUCCGCUAUAUUUGUGCUGGAUCUGAAGGGAAAGGUGUUGAUUUGUCGGAACUACAAAGGUGAUGUGGACAUGGCGGAGAUCGACCACUUCCUGCCUUUACUCAUGCAGCAUGAAGAGGAAGGGCUUCUCUGCCCUGUAUUGUCACACGGCAACGUCCACUUCAUGUGGAUCAAACACAGCAACCUGUACCUGGUGGCCACCACAAACAAGAACUCCAACGCCUCACUUGUCUACUCAUUUCUAUACAAACUAGUUGAGGUGUUCACAGAGUACUUUAAAGAGCUGGAGGAGGAGAGCAUUCAAGAUAAUUUUGUUGUUGUCUACGAACUGCUGGAUGAGCUGAUGGACUUUGGAUUCCCUCAGACUACCGACAGCAAAAUCCUACAGGAAUACAUUACUCAGCAAGGUACCAAGCUCGAAGUGGCAAAGUCCAAGGUACCGACCACCGUCACCAACGCUGUCUCCUGGAGGUCUGAGGGUAUCAGAUACAAGAAGAACGAGGUCUUUAUUGAUGUCAUAGAGUCCAUCAAUGUAUUGGUGAAUGCCAAUGGGAAUGUGAUGAGCAGCGACAUUGUGGGCAGCAUCAAGCUGAAAACCAUGCUCUCUGGGAUGCCUGAACUGCGGCUGGGACUCAACGAUCGAGUGCUGUUUGCGCUCACUGGACGUGACAAAGGAAAGACAGUUGUGAUGGAGGAUGUGAAAUUCCACCAGUGUGUCCGACUCUCGCGCUUUGAGAGCGAUCGAACAAUCUCUUUCAUUCCUCCAGACGGGGAGUCGGAACUCAUGUCCUACCGCAUCAAUACCCAUGUGAAGCCUCUGAUAUGGAUUGAAUCAGUCAUAGAGAAAUUCUCUCACAGUAGAGUGGAAAUCAUGGUUAAGGCAAAGGGACAAUUUAAAAAACAGUCUGUGGCAAAUAAUGUGGAGGUAAGGGUCCCCGUCCCCAGUGAUGCUGACUCACCCAAGUUCAAAACCAGCACGGGCACUGCCAAAUAUGUGCCUGAGAAGAACAUGGUGGUGUGGACCAUCAAGUCUUUCCCUGGAGGUAAAGAGUUUCUAAUGAGAGCUCACUUUGGUCUACCAAGUGUGGAGAACAAUGAGCUUGAGGGCAAACCUCCCAUAACAGUCAAAUUUGAAAUCCCAUACUUCACAGUCUCAGGAAUACAGGUGCGAUAUAUGAAGAUCAUUGAGAAAAGUGGUUACCAGGCUCUACCGUGGGUCCGCUACAUUACACAGAGUGGAGACUAUCAACUGAGGACCAAUGUGUAAAGCUUGGAGGAUUACUAUAUUCCUCACUAGGACCUCCAGAAGAGCAUCAAUGAUCACUUAAACUGGACUACAAGAGUGUCUUUAAAUUCCACCUGCUCUAUUUUAUGUCAGAAAUCUUGUUUCAUGAAAUCUGUUUGUAACUUGAUUUUAAUGGGUUUUUUAAUGUAUUACCACAGCAAAUUAUUUAAAUGAAUAAUUAAAUGAUUCCUUUAAAACAAUUUGUCAUAGUAAAUUUUCUAUAUUUGUUGUGCCCUUUGUUUUUCUCAUGAGUUUGUCCUCAUAUGGUAGUGUGCAUGCAUUGUGCAAUCACAGUCACUAAAUUCCGCCUAAAAUUACAAACUUACACCCGC